CUCACUGCUGGACUAAAGCAAAUUACAGAAUCUAAAAAAAAACAAAAAAACUGUUGUGCCUUCAGCACAGAUGCGGGUGGUGCGCCAGGAGGGGCGUAGAUUAGUGUGUGUGGUCACGAUUAACUACGCAAAAUAGUUCGUCAUGACCUGAAUCGCGUCGGAAUUUCUUUGGUGACGUGAAGCGGAUUAUCUUUACGCCACAAGAAGCUUUUAUUACCACUAAAGUUGCAAGUUUGCAUGUUGGAGAGCUCGCGCAACGUAUUGCAAGAAGUGCUUUUUAAAAUGUACUGUGCACACUCAACUUGCAUUUGCAGCUGAGAUAUGUGAAAGAGAAUGAGAGCCAUUGGAUGCCUGUGUUUCCAUCAGUGCCAGCGUUUCUCCAUGAGUUCAGUGACGGUCUCCAGCUGCUCCAAAUCAUUGCGCACGGCGCACCACCUGAAUAUAGACGCUCUGUCUCGACUGUUCUCCAUCGGAGGGCUUUGAAUAUCUUUGAAGAGCACUUUAGCAGUUAAAGCACUUGAUUUGAAGCGUUUGGGCAGGUGUGACUGUAAAUACAUCGCGCACGCAACUGGAUUUCCGGCGCGUUGAGCAGGAUUCAGCACCACGGCUGCGGACAGCUCCCGUUCCCCCUUGACGCGCGUCUGGAUGGCUGCUGCUCGAGUUUCUCUGUCGCUGCUCUGAUCCGCUCUGUUCGCGAUGGCAUCUCACGGGUUUUGGUUUCUGGGUGCUGAAAACGCGUCUGGAAACGGCAGUCAAAGCCCGAACACUCCCAGAGCAUGGUGUCAGGCGGCGGCCCAGAAAUUCCCCGGAGGCAUCGGCUCCAAAUUAUGUGCUCUGUUAAAUGUCGGGGAGGCUGAGAAAACAGCUCAAGCUCCAGUUAAAGCAGAAGAUGGGUCUACAGCCGAGAGCUGCGGCUGUAAUAAACCCUGUAACUGCUCCAAAGCCACCCUGUUUUUCUCUGAUCUCUAUUCAACAGGUUCACCUAUGAGGUGGCUCCAGUCUUCGUGCUGUUGCCAUUUCUCAAUCAAGAAAGGAGCAGCCGCACUUGGAAUUGGUACAGAAAGUGUCAUCUGUAUUAAAGCUGAUGAAAGGGGUAAAAUGAUUCCUUCCGACCUUGAGAGGAGAAUUAUUGAAGCCAAGCAGAAGGGAUAUGUGCCGUUCUUUGUCAGCGCCACAGCUGGCACCACGGUUUAUGGUGCCUUUGAUCCCCUGAUUGCUAUAGCGGACAUCUGUAAGAAGCAUGAUAUCUGGAUGCAUGUGGAUGGAGCAUGGGGCGGAAGUUUGCUAAUGUCCCGGAAACAUCGGUGGAAGCUGAAUGGAGUCGAGAGGGCUAAUUCUAUGACCUGGAACCCCCAUAAAAUGAUGGCUGUACCCUUGCAGUGCUCGGCUCUGCUGGUUCGAGAGGAGGGUCUGAUGCAGAGCUGCAAUCAGAUGCAGGCCUGUUAUCUGUUCCAGCAGGACAAGCACUAUGAUCUGUCCUAUGACACAGGGGACAAGGCCCUGCAGUGCGGCCGCCAUGUGGACAUCUUCAAACUAUGGCUAAUGUGGAGAGCUAAGGGCACUAUUGGUUUUGAGGCUCAGAUUGACAAAUGCCUGGAGCUUUCAGAGUAUCUCUACAACAAGAUUAAGGACAGGGAAGGAUACAGUAUGGUGUUUGAUGGAAAGCCUCAGCAUACCAAUGUGUGUUUCUGGUACCUUCCACCGGGCGUACGCUACCUGGAGGACAAAGUGGAGAAAAUGAAGCGUCUGCACAAGGUUGCCCCUGUAAUCAAAGCCAGAAUGAUGGAGUACGGAACGACCAUGGUGAGCUAUCAACCGCAGGGAGACAAGGUCAACUUCUUCCGUAUGGUCAUCUCCAACCCAGCUGCUACAUUUGAAGACAUUGACUUCCUCAUUGAAGAGAUUGAGCGACUGGGACAGGAUCUUUAAAAACUUGAGACUCCAAAACCUGUUAUUCUUGUGUCCCUGGAUGGAUCGAAUAUUUGUUGUGAAUGUAACGGUAAAUCAUUGAUUCCUCUUCUCCAAAGUCAUUUAAAAGUAGUAUGAUUUAAAGAAGAAAAAAAAAGACAAUAUGAAAAUAUCUAGACUUUAGUAUUGUAGCGUUGUUGUGGGCUUCAUGGUCCAAAGCCCUGUAAAAGUAUUACCGUCUGCUUUUACUGUCUAUCUUAGUGUCUUUAACAUGACUUUGCUUGUUUACAUGUGUUUAUUGAGAAUAUGAAGAGUUAUUUGCUUCUAUUCAGUGACCUCAGUUUCUAUUUGAACAGUUAUUCAAAGUACCAGAUUACAGACUAUAUUAUAAUAGUAGAGACAAAACCACUUCAUCAAACCUAAAGCUUUUAAAGACAAUGUGUGACUUUUAUUGAUUUAACAAGAUACAGGACCAUAGGAAGAGUUUUUAAAACAGUUUUGACCAACUGUAUUGUGUGUGGACAUGAAGUUUGUACAUAGUUGGAACUAAUUAACGUAUGUGCAUAAACAAGCACAAAUAUAAUGGUGCACUCUAAAAUGAUAUUGACAGGAGGCUGCCGGCAUUUAUAGUGAACAGUAAUGUUAUAUAAACAUGUCUAUACAGUAGCAUAUUAUAAGCUACUGUAGUUCUAAUAUUUGACCAAAUUUAAUGUAUAAUAAUAAAUAAAAACAAAAUUAAAUAAAAAAUGACCUUAUAAUCUCUAUAAAAUCUAAAUAUUCUUGACUAAUCCUGUUCGCAUUAUAAAAUGCUCUUUAAAAUGGGAAUUUCCCUUUCCCCCCUAAUAACGUGCAAUAUUCUUUAUUUCUUUACUCAGAAAUUCAGAUUUUCCAACUUAAUACUUGGAAAAGUGCAAUCGAGCGUACAGUUGGUCUUGGAAACAGUUUUGUUAGAUGCUCACUUUUAAGCAAGAAAAAUAAAAAUGUAUCAAAUAUUCCUUCUUUCAACAAUGUACCCUGCAAAGAAACAAUAGCACAUAUAUACUAUAUGUAAAAAAAAAAAAAAAAAAACAUGGGUUUAAAUAAAUUUAGCCUAUGUACAGUAUGUAGUAAAACACUUUUCUACAUAAUAGCAAUAUAUUUCUUAAUUUACCGACCCAUUCAUGUACUUAUUUAGCUUUCUUAUACAAAAUUAUAGAUAUUUCAGGGUAUUAACAGAGCUAAAUUUAAUGUUAUAUAUAUAAAUUCCAAAAAGAAAAUAACACAUAAGCAUAAUUAGGGUUCUGCCCUAUGAUAGUAUGUAAAUAGUCUUUUAAGAUGUUCAUGACCAAGUACAUAUCUAUGUGAAUGCAUCACUGUAUUGUAUAUAAGGCAGAGUCUAUUUGUGUGGUAAAUAAUAUUAUUUUCUCUAUUCAACAAAUAUUUAAUCAUAAAUGGUAGAUACAUUCUGCUUGUGUGUGCGUGUGUGUCAGAUGUGUUGAAUAUGAUGACUUAUGUAACUGCAAAGAUGAAGGAUUUGGCUUUAAAUCCACUUUAAGCCACUGCAUUUUAACAUAUGAACUCAAAAUGAUUAUUAUAGCACAUUUCGGUGGUUGUGAGAGCCAUUUCUGAACCAAUGCUGGUUGUAUUUGUGCCCAAGUGAUAAACUUGACAUCCUGUGCCGAUUUGUAUUUUUGUGUGUUUGUAACUGUAUUGCCUUAGUAUUAAUUGCCAGUAUUGUCUAGUUCUCCUAAAGAGGAGCUUGUGCACUUUAGCGUAUAUGUAUGAUGAUCUGUCCAAUGGAUGUUCUUAGUUUGAUGUUUUAAGAAACAGAGAGUUGUCUGAAUGUGUCCCAGCUUGGACAUCCAUUCGAGAUGAGAAUUGCUUUAAAGCUGAAAUAUUUUGUAGACUUGCUAAUGCUACAUUACUGCCUGUAUCCUUGCGGAACGUAAUAGUCAACCCUGCUGAAAAGCACAACUGAGUCUUGUCUUAGCUGGUCUCCCAGCCUGGGGUGUUUCCCAAAAGCAUCUUAGUUUGAACAUAGUUUGUUGGUAUCAACAACUGAGUGUUUCCCAAAUCCAUAGUUCCAGCAAACAUUCACAAACAGCAUUGCAAAAUUGUGUGGUGGAACUACAGCUCUCGACCUGUAGUUAGAAGCAUAGUUUCUCGUUAGUUUGACAGAAGGACUUAGAUCAUGUACUUGAGCAAAAAUAAGCAAGUUAACACACAAUCUAUACCUUUCAUUCCACACAUAAAAAAACACCUUAUUUUUACAUAUUUUACUUUUAAUCUACACCGCUGUUUCCAUUCUCGUCAAAAACGGUCUGUUGAGUUCCUGGUUCUAUGAAGCCCCUCCCUCAGAAAUACGCAGUGGGCUCUGAUUGGUUAACAGGCUAAGUGUGUUUGUGAUUCGCUAACCGCCUAGUGCACGUUGUCUGGAAACAUCACGCCCCCUUCCCAUUAUGGGUAGUUGCGUGUUCCCGGGGGCGGGGUUUAUGUAAACAUCGGGG